GGUUAAGUUUUAAUUGCUUCCAAUGAGGUCAGCAAAGGUAUUUAUCGAAAAGCCCUGAAUAAAAAGGCUCCACACACACACACACAAGCACACACGCUCUCACACAGAGAGAAAAUCCUCUUGCCUGUUGAUUUAUGGAAACAAUUAUGAUUCUGCUGGAGAAUUUCUCAGCUGAGAAAUAGUCUGUAGCUACAGUAGAGAGGCUCAAGUUGCACAAGGCAGACAGCAGACAUGGAAUUCUUGUGUAUCCAGCUGUUAUCAACAGAACAAAAGUCCAGUAGUAAACAGUGUCGCAGCAACUGAACUUGGUGCAACCUGUUUUUAUAAGGCAAUACCAACAGAGAUGUACUGUUAUCAGGAACUAAAAGGAUAAGGAUAACAAUUUGGAAAAAAACCAACAACUAUUCUUUCUUAAAUCAAUCUACAGUUCACAGAUAGGAAGAGGUCAAUGACCUAGGAGCAACAAUCAACUCAAGAUUUAAUUUUCAUUAUGUUAUUCAUGAACACCCGGAGCACUACACUAUAAUGCGCAAAUGGAUACUGACAUGGAUCCUGCCAACUUUGCUCUACAGAUCAUGCUUUCACAUUAUCUGUCUAGUGGGCACUAUAUCUUUAGCUUGCAAUGACAUGACUCCAGAGCAAAUGGCUACAAAUGUGAACUGUUCCAGCCCUGAGCGACAUACAAGAAGUUAUGAUUACAUGGAAGGAGGGGAUAUAAGAGUGAGAAGACUCUUCUGUAGAACACAGUGGUAUCUGCGGAUUGAUAAACGAGGCAAAGUCAAAGGGACCCAAGAGAUGAAGAACAACUACAAUAUCAUGGAAAUCAGGACAGUGGCAGUUGGAAUUGUGGCAAUUAAAGGAGUGGAAAGUGAAUACUAUCUUGCAAUGAAUAAGGAAGGAAAACUCUAUGCAAAGAAAGAAUGCAAUGAAGAUUGCAACUUCAAAGAAUUAAUUCUGGAAAACCAUUACAAUACAUAUGCAUCAGCUAAAUGGACACACAGCGGAGGAGAAAUGUUUGUCGCUUUAAAUCAAAAGGGGGUUCCUGUAAGGGGGAAGAAAACAAAGAAAGAACAAAAAACAGCCCACUUUCUUCCUAUGGCAAUAACAUAAUCAUAUAUGGUAUAUAAGAAACCAGUUCCAGCAGGGAGAUUUCUUUAAGUGGACUG